CACUCUUGUCAAAUCUUGUCGUCCUCUACCGCUAUAUUCCGUUCAACUACUCACUGAUGGAGUGACGUAAUAUUUGAGGGAAUUCUUGACAACCUGACAACCUUGGUAGGAACUAGGAAUACAUUUACAAAAUCGACGAUGAAUUCCAACCUAGGUAAAUUAUAAUAAAUAUGUAUUCAUUGCAUUACACAUUAAGCGUGGAGCCGAUUUUGCGAGUUACUUGCUGGAAAGAAAAAGUACGCUGCCAAUCUAUUCCAUCUACUUCAUUUGAAUUAGAACUCUUUCAUAAUGGAAGAGUUUAUUCCAACACGUGGUUCAAAAAUUAAGAAAGAUGCUAUGAAGGAAUUUGUAGUAGUCAAUUUUAAAGCUGCUAAAAAAAAAGCAAAGAAAGCUGUUGAUAGCGAAAUAAAAAGGGACAUAUCACGUUUUAAUGAUGGAGACAAGGAUAUUGAUCCAAAAAGAAAGCAAGAGAUCGAAAUGAAACGAGUUAGGUAUGAGGUUAUGAAAUUUGGAAUGUCCGGAUUUGAAAAAGUAAACGCAGAUAAAGCAAAAGUUCAACUUGCUAUAAAUUUAGGUGCAAAACCUCCUAAGAAUAGAGGAAUUAAUUAUAAAAUAUUGAAAGAGCAGAAAAAAAGAGAAGAGGAACUGCCGAAAAACGGGGAACACGUAUCAGGACUUGAAAAGAGUAUGAUAAAGCAUAAAACUGCUAAAACUAUAAAAACUAAAAGAAAAGAUUCUGGUAUUUUAGACGUGUAUGGGAAAGUAAAUAGCAAACCGGACGGUAGAAAGAAAAGACGUAUGGCCUAGGAACUAGGAAUACAUUUACAAAAUCAACGAUGAAUUCCAACCUAGAUAAAUUAUAAUAAAUACGUAUUCAUUGCAUUACACAUUAAGCGUGGAGCCGAUUUUGCUGGGUUACUUGUUGGAAAGACGCUCCCCAGAAAAAGUACGUUGCCAAUCUAAAAAAACUAAUACUGCCCAAGCGGAAAGUCCGCUGUCAGCUCCAGGGGGAUGACACCAUGCUCAACGUGUAAAUAUUAUAGGUUUGUAAUGCAUAUACAUAUGAAUGAAUGUAAACAAUUAGUGACAUUCCAUUUGAAUUAGAACUCUUUGUAAGAUUCUCAUAAUGGAAGAGUUUAUUUCAACUCGAGGUUCAAAAAUUAACCCUUAGCGCCCCGCGCGUUUCUCGAAUACUGCCUACCAGCAACUGUGGCACAUUUUUGGAGCGGAGCGUCUGAGAUAAAGGAAGUCUUAUUUUGAGCGAAAAAGAUUACACGUACUUGUGUAUGCAUUUGAUUUUAUUUAUUUUAUAAAUAUACAUUUUCCUAUUGUAAAUAAAAGAUAAAUUUUAAAUUUUGUAA